CAGAUUUACAAUAUAUUCAAUCGUCAUCAUAUAAUAGAUAUAAUUUUCUCAGCUCAUUUAUUCAGUAACUUGUAAGCUUUUGCGCUGAUUUACAUUUACACGACAACCAAAGAUGAAAAUAUUGGCUGUUAUAUUCGCUGUUUGCUUUGUUGGUGCUCUAGCCCAGCUCAAUGAAGACGAAGAAGCAGCUAAAGUUAACGAAUACAGAGCAGUUUGUGCAAAUGAAACUGGUUUUAAUGACGACAACGUUUCCAAUAUUCCGGUUGGCAACUGGAUAACGUACGGCCCUAAAAUACAGUGUUACUACUCUUGCUUAAUGAAAAAAAUGAAAAUUAUGAAUGAGGAUGGAACAGUGAACGAAGAGAAAACUCGCACGAGGAUGGCCGACCAAUUUCCAGCAGACAAAAUUGACGCCGUUAUUACGAAAUGCAAAGACUUGAAGGGCGCUAAUAUGUGCGAGACCAUAAUGAUGAUACUGAAGUGUUACGAUGAUGAAAAAGCCUUAAUCGGCCAUCUGAAAUGAGCGCUUGAUUAAUUCCUUUUUUCUUUAUGUGACUACACAAUUCUGUUAAUUACACCGGCACACAAAAAAAAAUAAGUUCUCUGUACUUUUGACGGGACCGAUUUAUUCCCAUGUAUUUUGACCCGCUGAAUCCGAAUCCGAGGUCCGUUUAACCCGUACACCCUCAGAUUUUUAGAAAACUUUAAAAAACCUCAAAAAUACACAAAAAUCGACCGUUUUUUAAAUUUAUAAAUUUUUUUAACCCUAACUAAGCAUGAUUUUUAUGUAUUUCGGUCCUCCACAUACUAACCUGAAGUUUAUUUAAAACAUUAGCCAUUUAAAGUUUGAGUAAAUUCCAAAAAACCCCCCAAAAUUGCAAAAAAGCAAAAAAAUUCUUAGUGUUGUGAUGAAAAAAAUUUUUUGAAGCAUAUUAAAAUUUUUUUAUGUUUUAGGCCAAAAUAUUUUUUAUAUAUAUAUCACAGAUCGAACAAUAUGAUUUCUUUUAUUUAUUUCGAUUUAAAAAAUGAUUUUUGUUAUACCAAAUUUUAUUUUUUUCGAUUUUUUGGGAAUUUUUGCCAUUUAUUUAAAAUUUUAGAGAUGUCUGAGCCAUGGAUGUUCGAGAAUUAUAUGUGACAGAUAAACAUACAUGAAAAUAAUUAUUUAUUUAGCCCUAUAAAAUUUUUUUCAUCACAAUACUAAGAAUUUUUUUGCUUUUUUGCAAUUUUUUGGGGUUUUUUGGAAUUUACUCAAACUUUAAAUGGCUAAUGUUUUAAAUAAACUUCAGGUUAGUAUGUGGAGGACCGAAAUACAUAAAAAUCAUGCUUAGUUAGGGUUAAAAAAAUUUAUAAAUUUAAAAAACGGUCGAUUUUUGUGUGUUUUUGGGGUUUUUUAAAGUUUUCUAAAAAUCUGAGGGUGUACGGGUUAAACGGACUUCGGAUUCGGAUUCAGUGGGUCAAAAUACAUGGGAAUAAAUCGGUCCCGUCAAAAGUACAGAGAACUUAUUUUUUUUUGUGUGCCGGUGUUAUUUAUGUCUACUGUACAUCUUUAUUUUUUAUUAAUUCUUUAAAACAUCAGUUAAUAAUAAAUGACUACACAGAAAAAACAGAUAUCUUGAGUCAAGAAAAUAUUUUUGAAGACAAACGUUUUCGGGAACCAAGUCAAGAUUUUCUUGAGCCAAGAGAAUUCGUUUUGGUCGGAGAAGAUUUCUACUUUAUCUGAGAAAAUUUAGGUCUCCAAAAAAAUUUUCUUGAAUCAAGAAUAUUUACCUUCAGUCAAGAAUUUUUUUUUUUCUGUGUAGAUACUUUUUCUUUAAA